GCUCGAAGUGGGACGUAAGCAAUAAGCCACCCACAUACGCAGUUACGCACACGAGCGAGCUGCUUAUAAAUGGCAGAGUAAAGCGCUGUCAGCCUUGAGGUAGUAAGAGCUGGGACACUAGAAAAAAUAACAGCACCGCGCGCAGGAGAGGGAGGGAGAUGGCAAUGUCUAGUGGAAGAAGUAACCAGGAGAUCGUGCCCUACAGCGGCGAUCUUGAGGUGCCGGUGCAGCCGGUGGACGUCCAGCGGCAGGACUCCCUCUACCUCGACGCCACCAGACCUGCACACGGCGGCCACCAUGCUGGACGGGAUAGCUGGCUGCGGACGUUGCGGCUGGGGUUCCAGUGCGUGGGGAUCCUCUACGCCGACCUCGGCACGUCGCCGCUCUACGUCUACUCCAACACCUUCAAGUACGGCAUCGGCCAUGAGGACGACGUCCUCGGCGUCCUCUCCCUCAUCAUCUACAGCUUCCUGCUCUUCGCCCUGAUCAAGAUCAUCUUCAUCGCCCUAUACGCCAACGACGACGGCGAAGGUGGGACUUUUGCUCUCUACUCGCUCAUCUCGCGCUACGCAAGGGUGGCCCUCAUCCCCAACCAGCAGGCCGAGGAUGAGCUCGUUUCAAGCUCCAGCCGUCACAGAAAGCCGUCAGCACCAUUUAGGAGAGCGCAGUGGAUGAAGAAUCUGCUGGAGGCCAGCAAACCAGCAAAGCUUACGCUCUUCUUCCUCACCAUCUUCGCCACCGCGCUCGCCAUCAGCGACAGCAUUCUAACCCCUUCCAUCUCCGUACUGUCAGCGGUCAACGGCCUCAAACUGAGAUCGCCUAAUCUGACGACAGAUCAAGUAGUAUGGAUCACAGUGGGGAUUUUGGUGGCUUUCUUCGCGGUGCAGCACCUCGGGACCGUCAAGAUUGGUUACACGUUUGCUCCAAUUGUUGUUAUCUGGCUCCUCCUCAUCUCUGGGAUCGGGAUUUAUGACCUGAUCAAGUACGAUGUUGGCACACUCAAGGCAUUUAACCCGAAAUACAUCAUCGACUAUUUUCGAAGAAACAAGAAGAAAGGAUGGGUUUCGCUUGGUGAAAUCCUUCUUUGCUUUACAGGCACAGAAGCCCUCUAUGCUGAUUUAGGAUACUUCAGCAUAAAGUCAAUUCAGCUGAGCUUUAGCUUUGGCUUACUACCAUCUGUGCUGCUCAGUUAUAUUGGGCAAGCAGCUUACCUAAGGAAACACAUGGACAUACAAUAUGUACCAAACGCUUUCUUCAAUUCCAUUCCAAGCACUCUGUUCUGGCCAACGUUCGUCCUAGCGCUUACCACUUCAGUCAUCGGCAGCCAAGCCAUGGUGUCGUGCGCCUUUGCGACCAUGUCACAUCUACAAACGCUCAGCUGCUUCCCAAGGGUGAAGAUACUGCACACGUCAAGCCGCUAUUCAGGCCAUCUCUACAUCCCUGAAGUGAACUUCUUUCUUUGCGUGGCUUCUGUUAUUGUGACCAUAAGCUUCAGGACAACUGGUUUCAUCGCCAAAGCACAUGAAAUAUGUGUGGCCCUUGUGAUGGUGAUCACAACACUGUUGAUGACAAUCGUGAUGCUCCUUGUGUGGAAAGUGAACAUCUUGUGGAUCGCUCUCUUCUUCGCAGUCUUCAUGUCCACAGAGACCAUCUACCUAUCGGCGGUUCUAUACAAGUUCACACAGGGCCCCUACUUCCCCUUGGCCAUGUCGGCCGUUCUCAUGGUGAUCAUGAUGGUAUGGCACUAUGUGCACGUGAAACGCUACAAGUACGAGCUCCAGCACACCGUGUCGCCCGACGAGGUGAAGACUCUUCUGGAGCGCCACGACCUGAAGAGGGUUCCGGGUCUCGGCCUCUUCUACACCGAGCUAGUGCAAGGGAUUCCUCCCAUAUUCCCUCACCUCAUCGAGAAGAUCCCCACCGUCCACUCGGUCAUCGUCUUCAUCUCGGUGAAGCACCUCCCGAUCCCCCACGUCGAUGUCUCGGAGCGCUUCCUCUUCCGGCAGGUCGAGCCCAAGGAGAGCAUGGUGUUCCGGUGUGUUGCUCGGUACGGAUACCGGGACAGCCUCGAGGCGGCCAACGACUUCGUCGCCACUCUCGUCGAGUACCUCCAAUACUAUGUCCGGGACCUCAGCCUCUACUGCACAGCCGAGCCACUAAGGACGAGCUACCCUAGCAUUCGAAUCGAUAGCUUUUCUUGGGACAAAAAACACUCGGGGCAUGGCAGCGGCAUCCAUGCCGAGGAGAUGCUUACACCAAUCCAAUCCUUCUCUGAACUCACAAUGCAUCAAGUUGGUAUGAGCAGCCGCCUGGGAAUAUUUCAGCCGGCCAAGAUGAACCUAGAGGAGAUGUUAAGGAUUGAGGAGGACCAAAAGGUUAUCCAACGGGAGGUGGAUAAUGGUGUGGUUUACAUACUUGGGGAGACUGAAGUGGUGGCCAAACCUCACUCCAACCUCAUUAAGAAGAUUGCUGUAAACUACAUCUUCAACUUUCUCAGGAAGAACUCUCGGAAAGGAGAGAAGAUGUUUUCCAUUCCACGGGGGAAACUGCUCAAGGUUUGCAUCGCAUAUGAAAUUUGAAUUUGCAGAGAAAGAGGACGUGCAGAUGUGCACCAUGCCACCAUACAUGCGAGAGACUUCAUGUGUUGGUUGAUGGGAUUGAUGAGGGUGCGCGCAUAUAACUCUAUGGGGCAAAAAUAAACAUAUAUAUAUAUCAAUUCAAUUUCGUUAUAUAUAUAGAGAUCCAGCUGACGCUAUACUUGCU